UACUGCGUGUUGAAAAUAAUUUCUUACUACUGUUAUUACUACUGAUGCAGUAAUGCUUACUGAUCUGUGAAGGCUCUGGUUGUAAAAGACCGUAGCGUGCGCGCACGCAGACGCACACACUUACACGCCACCGCGUGCGCGCACGCAGAGCGCAUAAUGCUGGCAGCGCGGUACUUGACUGCCGGAGCUCCAGGCUGCGCAUCAUUCCACUUAUCUCUGGACACGAGAAAGCACCAAGCCAUGAAGCUCAGCUCAGAGUAAGGAACCUGCCGGAUAUCUCAUCAAUCCAGUCUGAGAACUAUUCAGGAGGCGGCGAAUGUGCGCCUUCAUCCUGAGGACUUUUUUUCCCCUCCUUUGGUAUCUAGUCAUUUCUCAGUCUUCUUGCACUGCGGACUAGUGGAAUGAGCUGCUUUUGUCCCGGUGUUGUUUCCUGUGCAGUAUGGGAACUGCCGUGUCCAAAAGAAAGAAUUUAAGGAACGAUGCCAUUUCUUCCGUCGCCGCAAAAGUUAGAGCAGCUCGAGCAUUUGGAGAGUGCCUGUCACAAAGCAACCCUGAGAACCGCAACGGAUCAGAUCACCUGCUGUCUGACACCUUUGUUGGCCAAGAUUCUGAAUCCCCGAGCAUUAGCUGCCUGCACAACAAUAACCAUCUGCAGCCGUACUCUAGAACAUCUCCCGUAGCCAAGCACACGCAAGAUCAGCCAGAUCCGGGCCUUGUGCCAGUUCCCGUGUCCACCAGUGCCAAGCGUCGUCUCUCUGUGGAGCGCAGCCUCUCAUCUGAGGAUCAGCCGCAAUCCCAGCAGCCCCAACAGAGUUCAGUAAAGCCAGCACGCGUCUAUACCAUCAGCAGAGAAGGGGGUAUGCUGGGGGCCAGGGGUAGCGAGGAGAGCUUGGAGCUUGAGGUCCUAAAGGGCCCCCAGACUCACAACAACCACCAGAGGACAAGCCGGCGCAGUGGUCAUGCCCACCACCAUCACGCUCCUUCUUCUCAGCCACUACAGAGCUCAGGAAGCGCACAUAACAUCCGCGACUGGGGUUCGAGACGGAGCGGUUCGAGAGAGGACUGCCCACGACCGCCAUGUCACAGCCAGCGCUCGCUUGACCUCGAUACGGUGCCGAGAGAUGCCUCCAAGCAGCGCAAGAAACUGGAGAGGAUGUACAGUGAGGACCGGGUGUCCACUGAGGACCGAGAAGAUCACACCAACAACUGGUUACCCAAAGAGAACAUGUUUAGCUUCCAGACCGCCACCACCACCAUGCAAGCGGCUUUCCGCGGCUUUGCUGACAGAAAGAGGAGGAAAAGAGAGCAGGAGGCCACCACACUGAUGGAGAGAAACUUCCGGAAGCACCUGCGGAUGGUGGGCAGCAGGAGGAUGAAGGCUCAGUCAUUCGCCGAUCGCAAAGCGAAGAGCUUCAGCCGCUCCUGGAGUGACCCUACACCCAUCAAGCCAGACUCGCUCCACGACUCCAGAGACAGUGGAGAUCUGCAGGCAUCCUCAGGCACUCUGGAUGAGGGGGAGUAUGAUGAUGUGGACUGGGAGGAGGAGAAAGAGCUGGAGCGACUGGCCUGUGAAGGCGAUGACUUCAUUCCUCCUAAAAUCAUGCUGAUUUCAUCCAAGGUUCCCAAGGCGGAGUAUGUGCCCAACAUCAUACGCAGGAACGACCCGUCCAUCAUCCCCAUCCUCUAUGAUCACGAGCAUGCGACUUUUGACGAUAUACUGGAGGAGAUUGAAAAGAAACUCACCGCCUACAGGAAAGGCUGCAAAAUUUGGAACAUGCUUAUCUUCUGUCAGGGAGGACCUGGGCACCUUUAUCUCCUGAAGAACAAAGUGGCCACAUUUGCUAAAGUGGAGAAGGAGGAGGACAUGAUUCAAUUCUGGAAGAAACUGGCUCGGCUUAUGAGUUUGCUGAAUCCUGAACCCAAUCUCAUCCAUAUUAUGGGCUGUUAUGUGCUGGGCAAUGCUAACGGAGAGAAGCUUGUGCAGAACCUCAAGAGGCUGAUGAGACCAUAUGCUGUGGAGUUUAAGAGUCCUCUGGAACUCUCUGCACAAGGGAAGGAGAUGAUCGAGAUGUACUUUGACUUCCGUCUGUUCCGGCUGUGGAAGAGCCGGCAGCACUCCAAACUCCUCGACUACGAUGACCUCUUGUGACAUCUCGUCCUUUCUCUUUAGAGCGCCCGAGAAAGGCGCGUAGCUCCAUUUAGGGCCCUGUCGUGGCUGUGUUCCCCUCUAGAGCCUCAGUGUGAACGCUCUGAAGCUGGAGGAAGGUGAUGAGGAAGCAUGAAGAUGGCUCUUUGAAUCGUUCGCCCUGACAUGCGGACGGAGGCAGGAGAUUCAGCCAUUGCUUUAAGGUGUCAUUUGGAUGUCCAGACCUUUUGAACUCUCACCUAAGAAUGAGAAAUAUAAUGGAUAAUGCUGAUGGAUGGUAGGUUCGUCUAGAACUUAAUGAUCUGUUUUAACAGAAUUAGGUUUUUUUAACGGACGUCCCUGGAAAGGAAGCUAACAUAGCCACAUUUGUUAUUGAGUAGCUGUGUUGUAAUGAAACAACAGGGACCAUUUUCGGUCUUUGUGAUUCAGUCUUCUUUAGAAACUAAGUACUUCUAUGUUCUUUAUCAGGUAGAGACAGUAAAACGUUUUACUAAUCUCACAGGACUCCGUAUAGUACUGUAGUCAAGAAAUUCGUCAUAGUAUUCCUUACUUAUUCAGAGCAUUGAUAUUUUUUGCCAUAUGGCCUGUUUUUUUUUUUCCGGAGGAGAACUCAGGUUUUAUAAAAUGACCUCCCUGACCUUCUUCUGCACUGCAUAAGAGAACCGGCUGGUAGACAACAAAUUUUCAUAAUUACUAACAGGAGUAAUGGGAGUUGCGGAAACCGAGAGGUCAGACAACAUAUAAUGUAGAAUUUCUUUUGAGUGUGUGUGUGUGUGUGUGUGUGCACUAGAUUUCCAUAGAGUUAGAAAUUAGAUUUUUAUAGUAGGAAUAUUCAGGCAUCUAACACUUGAGUAAUGCUUGAGAAAACUUCUUGGGUGUUGUUAUAAAUUUGCCGGGCAGAUGCCAGAUUUAAAACCGCCGUCUCUGUCGGAUGUAGGUAUGUGCCAGAAACAAGUUAUAUGUUAUAUUACAAUAUUCAAUUUCAUUGUUAUUACGGUGACAGAGCAGCAUUUGGUUUAACACAGCCAAACAGAUACAAAAUCAAAACAAAUCAGGUGAUAAAGUAAAAUAUAUAUAAAUUUAAACUAUAUUCAUAGGCGCAUUACAAAAUCAAAUCACAUUCCCCUUUAGAUUUAUAAUAAAUUUAGGUUCACACACUGAAAAAACAUAAAUUCAACAUAUUAUUUUUCAACAUGAAAAAUAAAAACUAAACUAAAAAUUAGCUAUAUAAAUAUUAUUUUAACUUUGAAUGUUUUUUUUUUUUUUCAGUGUAAUAACAUUAAUAUUUUAGUAAAAUCUGAAUAAAUACUUGCAAUGAAUUUCGAGACAAGAAUUUAAUUCACUGGAUGAAUGAGAAAUUCAGAUUAAUUUAGAAAUCUGAAAUCUCAAAAUUCAGCAAGUUUUCCAAACUAAAAAAAGCUGUUUAACUGUUAAAAUGCUGCCCAAUACAAUAUUGUGAUGAUUUCAUAGUAUGUGAUAAAAAAAAAAAAAAGCUAGGUCAUUAAAAUGAUUAGAAUAUUUCAUAUAGGCACACUCCUAGAGUAGAUGUUAAUAUAUCAGUUUAAGCUGUUUCAUGUUUCGUGAUUAUUGAGGUGUAUUGAUAAGCUGAAGUGUAGAGCAGGUUUGCUCAGAUAUUGUUGUAAAACCUCUCGUACAUACACGUGUGUGCAUUCCUACUUGUUCAAAUGUGUAUUGCUGCUUUUUUAACGUAGACCUUCAUCUCUGUAACAUUAGAGGGAAGAACCUGAGCUGAGGCUUGUUCAUAAGAUAAAGGUUAAAGGGUGGACUUCUUCGCAAUACUUAUUUUUAUCAUCAUAAGCAUUACCAAACAAAUGCUGCUGUGAGUUUUUAGAUCACGAUUUUAAUUAAAAUUUUAAUUACGCCAUAAAAUCGGAGAUUUGUUUUACGUCACCGUUUGCUUCUGUAUGCGCACAAGCCUCAAAAAUAAGUAAUAACGCAAAUAAAACAGGACAGGGUGUGCAUUUAUAGAAAUAUAAUCAAUGCCUGUGGUGAAGAAGAGCUAUUGUGACCACACCAAAGUUGAUUUUUUUCCCCAAUAAGCAUGGCAAACUGUUUUAUUAAUAUUAUACCACAGCAUAUUAAUAUUACUGAGGUAUAAUAUUAAUUUUAUUAAUCUUAUACCACAGCAGUGUUGUAUGUUUUAUUUGUUUACAGUUUUAAUUGUUUAUACUUUUAAUUUUUUUACGUCCCUGUUAUAUCUGUUUUUUCCCACUCUUUAAGAUCCUUCCUGAAGACUUCCUUGAGUUUAAUAGUUUAUUCACAGAUUUCUCUUUGACUGUUAAACAGCAUUGACACUGGAGACUCCUUCUGUAAAUGUUAAACAGAAAACAAUUAGACAUGAUUUUAAUUAGCCCCACAGGAUUUCAUGUUUUUGCCGUCACAGAAAUCAACCCGAAAUCAAGCAAACGCCACAGUAUUCUGGAGAAAUUACUGGAGAUUUUCUACCGAUUUAGGGUGAGAUGUGUCAUGUGACGCCAUCACAACGAGCAUUCAGCCGAGGCCCUCUUCGAUUCACGUGCAUCCAAUACUAAUAAUAAAUCUUUUUAACUCCUUCACAGGUAGGAGUUUAAAAGGAGUGCUUUUUAAUUUCACCGACUCAAAUAGUUUUCAGAGAAAAAAUAAAUCACAAAACCAUCUGCAAGUUGCUUUACAAAUUUAGGGGAAAAAUGCAGCAAAAUGAAAAAUUUGGGAAAGCAUGGUGGCUUCGUGGUUAGCACUGUUGCCUCACUGCAAGAAGGUCCUGGGUUCGAACAGGCAGGGCCCUUUCUGUGUGGAGUUUGCGUGUUCUCCCCAUAACUGUGUGGGUUUACUCUGGGUACUCCGGUUUCCUCCCACAGUCCAAAAACAUGUACAUUAGGUUGAUUGUUGAUUCUAAAUUGCCCAUAGGAGGGAGUGUGUGUGGUUGUCUGUCUAUAUGUGGCCCUGCGAUGGACUGGCGACCUGUCCUGACCCUGCCUUUUGCCCUAUGUGUGCUGGGAUAGGCUCCAGCAGAUCCCUGUGACCCUAAUUAGGAAUAAAGUGGGUAUAGAUGAGGGAUGAAUGAAAAAUAUUUGUCCACAAAAAUCUCCUGGAGGGACUGAUUAAUACAUUUACGUAGAGCAUCCUUGAUACGUUACAAAAACAACAUGUUAAAAUGAUUGAAUUUAUACAAACAUUGACUGUUAAAUAGUAUUACAACCUUCUGACGAAUCAAAUUCGAGAAUUCAACAAUGCUGUGGUAUAAGCUGCUAUAAUAACCACCUGUGUAUUUGGUGUGCUCUUGAUCAAUCCUGUAAUAAUAGGAGUACAUAUAAUCUUCUCGCUCCUGUCUCACACAUUUUUUCUUUCCCAGCACUGUGCUGUUUGUUUUCCUUUUGCUACAUGGUUACUUUCUUGAAAUAUCCAUGUAUGUAAGAGCCAAGAAUAUGUAGGUCAACAAGAACAAUAGUGCUGACCUUAAUCAGCUCGUCAGAGGCCUGGGCUCGGAGCCAGCCACACAGGCGUGAACCAUAAGGACUCAGCAAGAAACGUAGAACCAUCUGGGUGUUGGGCACUAAUCUCUUGGACAGGACACCGUGUGACUGUGACUUCCACACAUGCCUCACCUAAAACUGGAGUGUGAUAGUCCACUGAGUUUGUGAGAUUUAGCAGAUCGUUAAAUGCCGGGAAGUUUGUUCUGCAUCAUGCAUUUACAUCACUGGACUCUGAGCUCAGAGGAAGUUUUGAAACCUGCAUGUCUCUCAGUAGACGUCUUCGAAUUCACGGCUUUAUUUGGUAGCAAUAGACAUUGUGUCAUUAUCUGUAGAAUAUCUGUAUGUGGAAUAUGUUUUCAUGUGUAUCGUUUGAUCAGUCACUAACACCGGCGCCGCAAUAGAGUGUGUGAGAACCAUGUUUAGGAUCAGACUCAGGACAAAAAUGCUUAACAGAUAGUAAGUGUAAUUAUAGAUGUAUUGUAUUAACUAAUGUAACGUUACACUAAGGACACUAUUUAUUGUUUAGAGAAGUCCUUUGUGAGUGUGAUUGUGAGAUUUAACUUUAGAAGGUGUUAUAAACUGACUUUACUAAUAUGUUAGUGAUACAUAGUGGUAACAGGGUAGUGUUCAUAGAGUCAUAGAACACCUGCAGAAGCCUUUCAUGGCAAAUAAUAUUAACCUACAUAAAACGUUUGUAAAGUUUUAUUUCCUCAGUUGUGACAAAAUGCAACCACGUCAAGUGAUUUAGAGUUGUUGUUGACGUAAGAAUAUGGUGUGACAUUUUUAGGACUGACGAAUAUUAAAUCUGGUACACUAUACUAUAAGAGUCGAUGGAUAAUCAUCAUGCACUAAUAUCUGAAUUUAUAUGUACUUAAGUUGAACUAACUAUUGAGUUAAGGUUUAAGUAAUAAAAAGCCUAUCCCCUAGUCUAACCGUCUAGCCCCUAACUCUAAAACUUAACUCUAUUUUACCCUUCAACCCAAACCCCUACCCUAACCCUCUAUCCCCUAACCCUACCCUAACCCUCAUUUACUAACCCCAAUCCUUACCCUCUUUCCCUAACCCCUAAUGCCAACCCUAACCCUGUACCUUUUUACCCCCUAGCCACAAACCUAACCUUCUUACACAAAGCCCUAACCCUUAACCUUAUCCUCUAAACACAAACCUAUCCCUCUUACCCCAACCCCUAAUCCUAACUGCAACCUUUAACUUUAAACCUACUCUAGCCCUCAAACCCCUAUUUCUAACCCCAAAAGACAGACCUAACCCUCUAAUGCAAACCCCUAACUCUAAUCUCGAAACACAAUCCUAAUCCUUUUACCCCAACCCUAACCCAACCCCUAAUGCAAGUCUCAGCCGAACAUGCUCUAUGACUGAACCAACAGAAAAUAAUCAAACAGAACACAAACGUUAGUUGAUGUUAAUAGAUAAUAACAUUUGCUAUAUGAAUAAAUGUGACUGUAUUAAUAUGUGUGUAAAGGAGCAGAGCCCUGGCUAUGAGACAAUCAGAGUAUGUACUACUACUACAGUAGGAUUUAAAAAAGUAAUAGAUGAAGAAUGACACAAAAUAUUUAGAGAUUCAUUUACUGGUGUUUAUUAUGAGUUUGUCAUUCUCUGCUUGAUGAGAAUCAAUGCGACGUAAACGAUGAAAAUAAUCCAGUGAUUUCCAAUAAUGUUUAUGAACGCAGCUGCAGCUGGCAAAUUAAAUAGAGUUUCAAAUGAUGCACGUUAGUUUAGAUUCCUUCUGAUAGAGCAUGUUUGAUUCAGCCCCCAGUUACAUGAUAAUUAAUGUAUUAACUAACAAACAAGGUGGUCGUUAUUUUAUGCAUGAAUUCACAAGACUCACAUUGUAGACUGAGAUUAAUUCUUCAUUCUAGUUCAUCCCUUAACUCAUCCUAAUUAAGUAAGCAUUAAUUCAGCUAUUAGUGCGAGAUUAUUCAGUGUAAAGUGUUACCCUAAAUAUGAAAGACCAUAUACGUUGCUUCCUAUGGUUUCGCCACUCAGUAUUUAUAAAGAUCAUAUAAAUAGUAAAAAAAAAAAAAAAAAAAAAAUCACUUUACUUAAGGGACAAUGAAAAUACACACAUUUGUCAUUGUUGGUUCAUGGAAUUGUCAUAGUACACAUCAGCUUUAACUUUCACGAUAUAGUUAACAGUGUGACUCCACAGGUUUUCAGGUCAAUGUUAAAACCAAGUGCCUAGUACAGAAACCACCGAAGUGUUCACUUUUCCAGCUAAACCUCCUUUAGCAACGUCACUCACAUCAGCAUUAUGUGUCUGUGACAUGACAUCCUGACGGCUCAGAAGAAAGCUUCACCACAUUAAAAAAAAGUUAAAUUAAAUAUCUUAGAGGAUUCUGGUGCUAAAUUGUCGGUUGGUGCUGUAUCAUUAAUGUCCGAUAGAGUUUAAAUAGACAAUUAUCUCAGACAUAAAGGUUAGAUUCUGUUCUCACUUCCCAGUUGACGGUGAUGUUUAGAGUCACAGUCAUGAGGAAUCCAGUGAAGUAGAAUGGGACUGUCUUAGCUAGCGAGAGAUCUAAUAUGACUAGCUGGAAAGAUGAAAGAUGGACGGACUAAAGCUCUGCUGCAUCACUCUUUAUAUGUCGAGUUGAGGCUAGGGCUAAAUCCCAAUCUAAGAAACAGGAUUUUGGGUAAACCAUUAGCUGAAGUCAUUUGAAUCACUCAAGAUAACAUAUGGAUUAUUUAUUCAGAAUUCUAAGUCAGCCCAAAAAGUGUCAUAACACAUGUUAAUCAGUCUCUUCAGGAUUUCGUGACUUGGAGAUUGCAGAAAUUAACUCAAAAUCAAGCAAACUGUGAAAUUUAGAGGAAUAUUUUACAUUCAGCUUUUGCCCUCCAUUUCACAGGUGUUGAGCAUGAGUAGUUUAAAAGAAGGAUCCUGUGCUUGCAAUUUCCCCAAGUAGUUUUUUCUCAAGACUUUUGGGGGAAAAAAGCAGAAAAAUCGAGCAAAAUUCUGGAGAGACUGUCUUUCGUGUCACAACAUAAUUAAUGACAACACUUUGUGUGACUGAUGAAGUAAACCUUUAUAAAUAUUUCUAUAGGUUUACUGUAUGCCACGUCUUAUUGAGGUGUCAGGAAUCUCUAUGAACACUACUGACUUUACAAAGUAAAGCGUUACUCGUAGAUGUUAAGGAUGAGUGCGUACUGAUUUUAUGGGGUCUGCCUUUAUUUUUGAUGAAAUGUGCACAGCAAAAAGUUCACGAUAAUGUUCAAGGUCAGGAAAGAAAUCACACUGGGGUCCUUUUGACCAUCUGAUUGCUUCUCGGAAAAAGUGGGCUGCAGUAAUUCACAUCAAAUCAUUUCUCAUCAGCGCCUUGAAUAAUCGAAUCGCAAAUGAAACCUUCUGCAGGAGGCUCCAAGACUAAGGUCUUUUGGUUGGCCCGUUGCCAUAACGUUCUUUUCUAAAAAAUGACUCCAGGGAUGAUGAUUGGAUUAAAUUCCUGACUGAUUGACAGCAUCGUGAAUGCGCUGCAUGGUGUCGGCUCACAGAAAUGAAAAGUGAGGAGUCGAAGACACUCGGAAUGGUCCGGCGUUGGACUCCUCUGGUAAUUUUGAUACUUUAGAGAACAAUGAGCUAACUCAUGGUUUAUAUCUUUAUUAGUCCAGUAUAUUUAUUUAUCUCAGAAAUUCUAUUUAAAAAUCUACAGAUUUACUGUAACGCUGUACUUACACAGUUGUAUGGUUUUACCUUGUCCUGUAGCAGUACAGCACUGAGCAUUAAAAAUGUUUCUAAAAAUGGAUUUUUCAGUAAAAAUCUAGGUUAAAGUCUU